ACAGGCCGUGGCCGCGGCUGCAAAUCUACAUCAGAAUGUUGGAGGACUUCUCAACGGAGGCGCGAAUGGCAAUGGUUCGCCCUAUUAUUACAGCCUCCUGGGGCAGACGAUGAUGAAGAAGCCGGCGGAGGAGCACAUCAAGCGGCCGAUGAACGCGUUCAUGGUCUGGUCCCGGCUGCAGCGCCGGAAGAUCGCCCAGGACAACCCGAAAAUGCACAACUCGGAGAUCUCCAAGCGGUUGGGAGCCGAAUGGAAGCUGCUGACGGAGGACGAAAAGCGGCCCUUCAUCGACGAGGCCAAACGGUUGCGGGCGAUGCACAUGAAGGAACACCCGGACUACAAGUACCGGCCGCGGCGGAAACCGAAACCGAUCCGGCGCGACGGCUACCCCUACCCGAUGACCUAUCCGUCCGUGCCGGUGGACGCGCUGCGGGCAGGUAUCACACCCAGCUACUUCGCACCAGGUGCUCCGUACCACUUAGGAAGUCAUUUGUCACAAACUAGUCCUCCCACGACCCAGUCCUCCAUCACAUCCCAGAUGGACGUGUCCAAGUUCGCGCUGGACCGGAGCGCCUACCUGAACACGGCCGCAGCCGGCGCCCUGUACGAUUCGACCAAGUCGCAGACGAACCCGUACAGCGCCUACCUCGACCCGACCACCGUCCUCACGAAGGCCUACUUCGACUCGAAGAUGUACCAGGACCGGGCGCAGGCCGCCGCCAACUACGCGUUCGACAUCUCGAAGAUUUACGGCUCCAGUUCGAGCCUGCAGCAGCAACAUCAACAGCAGCAGCAGCAGCAACACCAGCAACAGCAACAACAGUCCGGUCAACAGGGUGGCCAUCAGGGACAUCAGCUGCACCACCAGCACCAGCUGAGCAACGGCGAUGACCGCGAACCGACGCCCCAGCUGAGCGAUGUCAACGUGGACAUUAAACCACAGCUGGGCGAACCCGUGGACAGUUCACCGCUGCACAGCAAUAGCUACGGGGCGAACAACCUGCUCGGGGGAAGUUCCGCCGGGUUGUACCAGUACGCCGGGGCGGGGCAAUCCCUUGGAGGGUCCGGGGGGUCAACCGCCGGAUCGGGUGGAACCGGUGACUACCGGAGACCGCUGACGGUCAUAUUUUGACCAAACUCCGAAGUGAUGGACGACAGAGAUUAUUGAACACAUUUAGGGCUUAAAAAUCGAGAGAUCAACGAUAAGUAUUGCUGUUUAGAGUAUUAAGUGUUAUAUUCUUUCAUUGGAAACGAACCACUCACACGCGCGCGUGCACGUGUCCUUUUCGGCAGAGUUUUUAACUCCGUAGAACAGCAAAGACGCAAACCUCAAGCAUUAUCCAGCGUAGUUCACCACACACAAACACACAGUAGGCGCAAGCGUUUUAAACAUUAUACCAGUUUGUAGCAACGAGAGAACACAUUUUAGAACAGUUUAAGGUUGCAUACGAAACGUUAACAACGCUUAAGGACACGCAGGCAGGCACGUGAUUUAUGCUAAGGACUCCGUAGAACAGAUUAUGAUAAAAGUUGUAUAAAAUUUCAUCCAUGACAUAAAUUAUUACUCGUAGAACGGUAAGGUUAAAAUAUCUCACAUUGCAAAACGCUAGCGAAUAUAAUUAUGUUUAAUUUGAACAUUCUCAAAAAAAAACACUCACCAUAAACGAAUAUAAAAUCAAAUGUUUUAACGAAACACAAAUAAGAAGAAAUACUGUACGUACUAAGUAGAAAUUUAAACACCCGCGCUUGUGUGCAAGUCGCAC